AUGCAUCGUACUUUGAGUGGCCUUGUUGCCGUGUUUGGGGUUGCCUUUGCAUCGCUCCAGGCGCCUGAGAACAGCGCUGGCGAUCUCGACAGGCGUUCCGCCCUACUAAGACAAUAUGAAGGUGGCUAUGCGCCAACGCUCGAAAUUCAGAACCCGGUACUUACCUCAAAAUGGUUCGAAGACAGCGACUUUGUUCAAGUCCUAGAGAUGGUUAUAUACAACUCUCAUUCUGCCAACUAUCUGACCUUGGCCGACACUUUGAAUGUCACUCUCACUUCGGAUAGCUUGGUCCUAGUUCAACCGGGUACGCUCACCCGCUUGGCGCCAAAGCAAGGUGCUGUCGUUCAGAUCGGUGUGAAGAAUAAGCCAGGAGUUUCUCGCGGCUCGCAAUGCUCAGGUACUGUCGUCGCCACUUACGGACAGGAUUAUGGUGAGAAGAAUUCUACCCAGGCGUUUACCGGAACCUGCGGCAUUCCGGACUAUCAGGCCGACGACGCUAGCAUCAACUUUCACUGGUCUCCAGAAUGGUUCAAUAAUGCCAAGUUCGGGAUUUUCAUUCACUGGGGGAUUUACUCCGUUCCCGCAUAUGGCUCUGUCCAGCCGAACGAAGACUAUGCAGAAUGGUAUUGGUGUCGUAUGCACGACUCCAACUACAAGACGAAGACAUAUCAGUACCAUGCUGAGACCUAUGGCGAAAACUUCAACUAUGAUCAGUUCAUGUCCAAUUUCUCGGAUGCUGGGUACGAUCCGAAAGAGUGGGUUGAUCUCUUCGCCGAAGCUGGUGCUCGCUAUAUGGUUCCUGUGACGAGUUUUGCACUCUUCAACACGUCAGAUGCCAUUAGCAAGCGGUCAUCUAUACAUUACGGGCCGAAGAGAGAUUUGACCGGUGCUCUGUUGGACGCCGCUGCCCAAUAUCAGCCACACAUUAGACGCGGCACUUAUUUCAGCAUGCCUGAGUGGUACAAUCCGGCUUACUAUAAGUAUAGGGACUCGGAUCCCACAUGGGGCGGCGGCUGCUUUGGCUUCAAUGAUACAAACCCAUACGAUGAUUCAACCGUCGAGUACACCGGGUAUGUUCCGGUCGAGGACUUUGUCGAGGACAUCCAGCUGCCUCAAAUGAGGGAGCUAGCGUACAAUUACAACACGGAGCUAAUGUGGUGCGAUAUCGGUGGCCCGAAUAAUUCCACCAUUUUUAUGUCGGAGUGGUUGAACUGGGCUCGUACUCAAGGCCGACAAGUAUCAUUCAAUUCUCGCUGCGGCCUCAAUGGAGACUUCAGCACUCCUGAAUACCGCACGAAUGGCGACACUGUAGUUAGCAAGUGGGAGACCAACCGUGGCAUGGAUCCCUUUUCCUUCGGUUACAACUAUCAGACGCCUGAUGACCAGUACCUUAACGGCAAUGAUAUUGUCCAAACUCUAGUGGACACCGUCAGUAAGAACGGAAAUUUCUUACUUGAUAUCGGUCCGACACAUAACGGUAGCAUACCUCAGAUUAUGCAGAAUGGGCUGCGGGACGCCGGCAGCUGGAUACUCCCUCAUGGCGAGGCUAUUUACGAUACUCGAUUCUGGAGCGUCACGCCUGGGACUGACAACCUUCGCUAUACCACAACUGAGGACGCGUUCUACAUCUUCUACCUGACUCAGCCGCCUUCGACAUUAACUAUCUCAGACCCUGUCCCUUGGCUGCCAGGAGAUACUGUAACUGCCCUUGGCGGAAGCGCGAAUGGCACUGUUAUCCCAACAGAACGUACCUCGUCUGGAUUGGUCUUACAAGUCCCUCAAGCUGCAAUCAGUGGCGAUAAUUAUAGCGACUUUUUUCAUGACUCAGUCUUAUUGGCUCAGGCUCGGCUUGUGGACUUGAAAGCAGAUCCAGCAGCCACUGUGGCUAGUGUCAGUGCGGAGAACUGA